UUAUUAUUAUUUUUAUAUUGGUUGAUUUAAUUAUAAACAAAUUUACAGUUCUAGUCCACACGGAAAGUCACUGUUUUGUUUUAUAGUUUAAUUCAUUAUAAUAGUACUUUUUCCAGUACUCCAUAAAUUAUUAUUUUUAGUUGAUUAUUAUGGAAGUUGUAUGUUAUUACUAAAUUAAAUAAAGAACAUAAUAUGAGUGAUAACGAAAGUUUGGUUCCUGUGUGUAGCAACAAUACAUCAUUAUCUGAACCUAGUUGUAACAUAAGUAUUUCGAUACCAAGCUGUAGCAAAGCUGUUGUUAUGUCAAAUUGUAAUACUAAUAGUUUAACAUUAAAUUGCAAUGUACCUGGACCAUCCAAUGAGGAUGAAGAACUAACAUUACCCCGUGCAUCAGUUAAUAAAAUGAUUAAAGAUGCAUUACCAAAUAUGCGGGUUGCCAAUGAUGUUCGUGAAAUGAUAAUGAGUUGUUGUACUGAAUUUAUUCAUUUAGUAUCAUCUGAAGCCAAUCAAGUGUGUAUGUCACAACAAAAAAAAACAAUAAAUGCAGAACAUUUACUUACAGCAUUAGAUCAUUUGGGAUUUGGUGACUAUAGAGAACAAGCAGAAGAAGUUGUUAAAGAUUGUAAAUCAAAAAGAAGAAGACAGAGUACUAGACUGGAGAAUUUAGGUAUACCUGAGGAAGAAUUGUACAGACAGCAACAAGAGUUAUUUGCAAAAGCUAGAGAAGAGCAGAUGGCCCAAGAACAGCAACAGUGGCAAGAACUACAAGCUGCUGCUCAAAGAGCUGCAGUAAAACCUAAGACUGAAGAAAGUAGUGAUGAUGAUGAUUAUUCUUAAUGUUUUUUAAUUGACGAUUGAACUCUUUUUUUUUUUUCUUGAGUUUAUUUUUAUUUCUUCAUUAUAUUGUUAUAAUAUUUUAUAUCUUAUUCCUUUUUUAAAUUUAAUAUUUACUUUAUUGACAAACAAAUUAAUUUUAAAAUUCCUUUAGUUAUAAUUAAAAAUAUGCAAAGUGCAUAUGAAUUAUUUUUCAUUAGCUUAUUUUAAUUUUUUUUCAAUUAAUUAAGUAAUUUAAGUUCAAUACACUAAAUA